GGCUCUUAGGAGAUCCAUCAAAGGCGACAAGGACAAACCUCAGUUGUCCAUCGCGCCGAAAUCUGCAGUCGCUAUUGUCCCCCCCAAAAAGGUCAGUCUUGUUCGUCUUUGCGUGUGUCCUUUCUUCCCACUGACGGUGACGGUGGAUUGACCCGCUUUUUGUCACCUUCGACACGAUGCUGAUGCCCGAGACAUUACAGGUCAUUCGAGCUCUUUACGAUUAUGAAGCGACAUCUACACAGGAGUUGAGCUUUUCCAGAGGUGAUUUCUUCCAUGUCAUUGGCCGGGAGAAUGAUUCGGACUGGUACGAAGCAUGCAACCCGGCUCUCCCUGAUGCACGAGGUCUCGUCCCGGUAUCAUUCUUCCAAGCUCUUGGACGUACUGAGAGGGAUAGUGGUCAAUCCGAUCCAGGUAAUCCAGGUAACCCGCUGGGAUUAAAGAAAGACGACCACGAUUCCGGAUUUUCCGAGACUAAUACAAACGUACCUCCGACUCCUGCGCUUAGCCAGCGCAGCUCUAAGUCUGUCGUCAAGAACGGCGCCAUGGUAUACGGAAUCGUCAUGUACGACUUCCAGGCCGAAAGAGCAGAUGAAUUGGAGGCGAAAGCAGGCGAGGCGAUUAUAGUGAUUGCGCAAUCUAAUCCGGAGUGGUUUGUCGCCAAGCCGAUCGGACGUCUAGGAGGCCCCGGUCUCAUUCCUGUUUCGUUUGUGGAAAUUCGAGAUAUGUCUACGGACACUGCUGUUGCCAAUCCCCAAGAGGCCGUAAAAAGAGCUGGAGUUCCGCGGGUUGAGGAAUGGAAGAAGAUGGCCGCCGAUUACAAGAAUAGCAGCAUCACGUUAGGAAAGUUCGAGGCUGGUGGCCCGCCGGGCCUAGAGCAGGGCAUGGAACGUAUGAGCUUACAGCCAAGCCAAGGCGGAAAUCGCCAGAGUCAACAACAGAAUGCGUCAUUCCAACAGCAGUAUCAACAACAAGCUCAACAACAGCAACGAAACACUAUGCAGCAAAGCCAGUUUGCUUCCAAAUCUACCUCUCAACUGUAUGCGCCUAUAUCCGCUCGGAUACCGCGUUACUGUUUUGCCGAGGAGAAGUACUGGUUCGUCAUUGAGGCUACUUUAGAGGACGGGCGGCACUGGGAGCUGUCGCGCUACUAUGAAGAUUUCUACGACUUCCAAAUCGCCCUCCUUACCGAAUUCCCUGCCGAAGCCGGAAACACCGGCACACAGAAGCGCACGCUGCCGUACAUGCCUGGUCCUGUUAACUACGUGACCGACGCGAUUACGGAAGGUCGAUUACACAAUCUAGACGCAUAUGUUAAGCAUUUACUAGGACAACCGGCAUAUAUUUCCAAAUGCAACUUAGUAAAGCAAUUCUUCGCGCCGAGAGAAGGUGAUUACGAAAUCGAACCCCCUUCGAACGGAGAUGAAUAUAGACUCUCUGGUGGAUCGCGUUCAUCAGUCGAUUCUCCCCGAGAGGGCAACUCUCGGCAAUCCUCUAGGAAUAAUCUGAAUGGAAACGGAUACUCAGGAUUAUCAGCAGCUCCUAGGCAGAUGCAGAAUGGGCAGCCGCAGAUGACUCGACAAGCGUCAUCGCUCUCUCAGCCCUCCCAAACGUCAUUAUCUCCAGGAGUUACCCAAGGACAGGCGUCCUUAAAGGUUAAGCUACAUUUCAACGACGACACAUUUUUAAUACGCGUGCCUUCUGAUACCAACUUUCAACAACUGUAUGAGAGAAUUAAAGAACGUACCAAAGUAACCAACGGAGAUCACAUCCAACUCUUCUACCGAGACGAGCAAAGUGGUGACAAGCUCGAUCUCCUAAGCAACAACGAUCUAAACUAUGCCUUAGAGCAUAAUGAAAAGUUGGUGGUUUUUGUUGAGCAGGUCUAGGGCAUUACGGAACGGUUGAUACCCCCAGAAUAUUUCCAUCUUCAAUAUACCCAAUACCCUUCAUCCUAUUAGCAUUUACGCCGAAAGUUCAACAACUUUUUUUUCUCCGAACAUGAUGCAUGAAGCAUGAAUCCUCUCGGCAAAGAUUCAACCCGGUCCUACCACUUUGACAAUGACCAACUUGGUCCUCAACAUGCGAAUACAAACUAUUCAUCGACCCGAUAUCAUGCAGCAAUUUCUCUGUGCACUGUAGUAACUGGUACAAUGUUGUCUAGUGAAACGCAAUUCACUUGGUAGUGCUUGA